ACGAUAUAAGCAAGCUGCGGCCGCCGCCGGCUAGUUGUUUCCAUUCGCCACGCCGUUGCGAGACGCCGGGAAACGCCUUUGCCACCGCGUUUAUCGCCAGAAGUUACAGCAGCUGCGGAAAAGUCGAAACUACUAACGACAAGAUGGCUUGCCCGGUCCGAGACCCUGCCGCGGAGCAGUUGAACAACUACAGGAAGACUCACAAGGACGAACCACCUGUAUUACUGACCGGGAAUGGAGCGCCCAUCUCUGAGAAGAAGGCCAGCCUCACGGUUGGUCCUCGUGGACCCAUGCUGCUGCAAGAUUUCGUUUAUCUGGACGAAAUGUCGCACUUCGCCAGAGAGAGGAUUCCGGAGCGAGUUGUGCAUGCGAAAGGAGCUGGUGCGUUUGGCUAUUUCGAAGUCACACAUGACAUCACCAAGUACAGCAAGGCUAAGGUGUUUUCCACUAUCGGAAAGCGAACUCCGAUCGCUAUAAGAUGCUCCACCGUCGGUGGUGAAAGCGGUUCCGCCGAUACCGUCAGAGAUCCACGUGGUUUUGCUGUGAAAUUUUACACCGAGGAGGGUAUCUGGGAUCUCGUCGGUAACAACACGCCCAUUUUCUUCAUCAAGGACCCUCUCUUCUUCCCGAGUUUCAUACACACGCAAAAGAGAAACCCCGCUACGCAUUUGAAAGACGCUGACAUGUUCUGGGACUUUAUUACUCUCAGGCCCGAAACGACGCACCAAGUUAUGUUUCUCUUCGGCGAUCGCGGUAUUCCUGACGGCUACCGUCAUAUGAACGGUUAUGGUUCUCACACGUUCAAGCUAGUGAACAGCAAAAACGAGAUAGUGUAUUGCAAGUUCCACUAUAAGACCAAUCAAGGAAUCAAAAAUAUUCUCGCGGAGAAGGCCGCCGAGCUCAGCUCUUGUGACCCUGAUUACUCAAUCAGAGAUCUUUAUAACGCCAUUUCUAAGGGAGACUAUCCAUCUUAUACUCUGUACAUUCAAGUGAUGACCGUUGAACAAGCAAAGACUUUCAGGUGGAAUCCGUUUGACCUGACGAAGAUUUGGCCGCACAAAGAGUUCCCGCUGAUACCGGUGGGCAAGCUGGUGCUGGAUCGCAAUCCUGAAAACUACUUCGCCGACGUGGAGCAACUGGCCUUUGACCCGGCGCACAUGGUGCCCGGUAUUGAGCCGAGUCCCGAUAAAAUGUUGCAGGGCCGACUCUUCGCUUAUGGCGACACUCACAGGCAUCGUCUCGGUCCGAAUCAUCUUCAGCUGGCAGUAAAUUGCCCGUACAAGACAAUCUCCGCGAUGAACUAUCAGCGAGACGGCUUCAUGCCUGUGAGCAACCAAGGCGGCGCACCGAAUUAUUAUCCGAACAGCUUCAACGGCCCGAAGGAGUGCCCGGCAGUGCGCCCGCCGAGUUUCCCGGCGAACGGAGAAGUCGAUCGUUACGACCCCAAGGAUGAGGAUGACUUCGGCCAGGUCACGACCUUCUGGAAGAAGGUUCUCGACGAGCCCGCUAGGGAGAGAUUGGUGAAGAACAUGGUUGGAAGUCUGCUUGGCGCUUCGCCGUUCAUCGUCGAGAGAGCCGUACGAAACUUCGCCCAGGUCGAUGUUGACCUCGCGCAGAGAUUAACGGAGGGUCUGCGCAAGGGUGGAAUGACCAUAAACGCCUUGGGCAGAUCGGCCAAUCUUUGAAGAGGAUGUGUUCCGCUACGACCUUUUUUUAUACUACAGGAACGUAAAAUAUUGCAUCGAUCGGAUACGUUUGAUUAUUGGAUUACCGCUGAAACGUUUAUUUCCUUCAUAUUAUUCGAACUAUUGUACAUCACUUUCAGCGUAUGAUGCUAAUUACAUUUAACAUAAUACUAAUAUAUCUUUCUUUUUUUCACGAGGGUGUAGGUAUAUAACUAUUGGUGGUGCCUGUAAUACAGUGCCUGCAUAAUAAGGCACCUAUAGGCAUAAUGCACGCUAAUUGUUUGAAGAAGAUCGAAAUACAUCGUAUAAUCGCUCGUUAUCUUAAGAUACCACGUUUUGCUACAAUAUACAUGUGUGCUGUUAAGUUUUAUGGUGUUUUCUAAGCACGAUGGGGAUUUGUAUGUAAAUAAAACCUGAAAACGUUGAGAAAAUGCAUUAUA